UCUAAUUGCGUCAAUUUGAGCAUCCAGCACAUUGUUGUAGAUGUACCCUUUUGGGUCAUGGAUGCCGGUGGCAUUUCCGAGCAAAGCAUAUUCUAAAUCAACGGCAAUGGAGUUUUCCCGCAGGCGAAAUAUGGGUCGAGCCCACGAGUUACAAGCACCAAAUGAUUUCUGCAUUGCAUGGACCAGUGCGUCGACCGGAAUUCGUUGUCAAGUACUCGUUUCUGACACAGAUAAAGUGGAGGUGGCGGGAAUGAAGGGGAUGACACGGGUGGCAAGCCAUUCGUCGGCGGCGGAAACGUCGGCGCUGAAGUUUGCAACAUGCUGGUUUUCUACGGCUACCAUGUGGAUUGGAGGAGCUAAGCUACUUUCUUGGGUGAAGGAGGUUGGUUCCGACCGUUCCGUAGUUAAUGCUGACAUCGAAAACAGGCCAGAAUGUGCCGAAGAAGAGGAGAUGGCGGAGGAAGAGGAGAUGGCGGAGGAAGAGAAGGGCUAUCUUUCUUACCGCUAGAGAUAGGUUUAAUAAAUGAAAGGUUUAAGU